AUGUAUUAAUCCUAAGAAAUAUUGAGUGAUGAAGAAGAUUUUGAAACUUAAUAAUAUCUAAUUAGGCAAAGACAAAGUAAAAUUAUUUAUAUAAUUUAAGUUGCUGAAUUAUAAUAGUAAUAUUAAUCUAAAAGGUAGGAGUUAGAUAAAUAUUUAAAGACUGAAGAAUCAAUUGUAUCUCCUAGAUUAUUCAAUUAUGAAACUAAUUACUCUACAAAUUAAACUUUGAAAAACUAAAUAAUAUCUACAGAACCUAAUUAGAAUUUAGAUAUUGCAUAAAAACAAUAAAAUUAAUUUUUAACAAGUUUUGCUUCUUUGAAUAAAAGGUCUUUAAUUACUCCUACAUCAGAUAGAAGAUCAGAAGUAUAAUAGAAUUCAAACUUUAAUACAAAUAAAACAUCUAAAUCUCCUAUUCAAAAUCCAAUAUUGUAAAAUAAUAAAAAGAUAAUCAUUAAAAAAGUUAAUCAUGAAACAUAAACACAAUUAACAGUCUCUUGUAAAAUACCUAUAAAUUCCAAAUUUUCAAUUUAAUUACAAUAAAAUUUGGACUCUAAUUUAAACAAGGCAACUCAAACAACAUAAAUUUUAAAAUAAAAAAAUUUAGUAUAGAAUUCAAAACCUAAAGUUUAAGAAACAAAUUCAAUAAAUAAAUAUACUUAAAGGUUUAAAACUGAAUAUAAUUGUGCAAAAGAAUAGAAUGAAUCAACAAAAAUAUAACAAAAUACAAAAAAGACUCCAAUGAAUAAAAAGUAAUUUGAAUAAUGGUAUAAGUCAUAAUAAAGUUGGUAUUACAUAUAUUUAUACUAGGGUUAAUAAAACUGAAAUGAAAGUGUUUUAAUAAAGAAUGGAAAAGGAAUAAAUGAAUUAGGAAUCUGAUUAUUAAUAAUAAAGUUUCAGUCCAAAGAUAUUAAAACAUUCUUAAGAUAUAGUAAAUCAAAAAUUCUCAGGUUGUUAGUUUAUGGAAAGAUAAUAGCAAUAUGAUAAUUAUUUAAAAAUGAAAUAACAAAAUAGAGAACAUGAAGAAAUUCUAGAAAGAUAAUCAUAGAAAUUUCGAAUGAGUCCAAUAUCUAAAUUAAUAGUUAGAAGUGUGACUCCAAAAUCAUAUAGAGAUAAUUCUAAAAACCAUACUGCAAAUACAUCAUGGUUUGGAAAUCAUAACACUCAAUGUUAUUAAUGAUUACUAUACUUUAAUAAAUAACAUUAUAAAAAUGAAAAUUCUAUAUAAUUUAUUGUUUCUUCUAGAAAUUAUUUUAGGUGCAGAACAGUGUUAAUGUUCAAAUUUUACUUAACCUUAAUAAUGUACAUAAUUUUAAGGAUGCAAUUGGAAUGGGAAAAAUUGUUAUCAACCAAAUUGUACAGAAAUUAUAUCAUAAUCAAAAUGUAUAAGUCCUUAAUGUGCUUGGUAUUUGGAGAAAUGUCAUGAUGGAUAAUCUUGCAAUUAUUAUACAGAUAAAUAAAUUUGUAAUCAAAUAUUUGGAUGUAUCGCAAAUGAUGGAUAUUGUCUUCCUUAUGAAGAUUGUAAUUUUACAACCUAAGAAAAGUGUCAAGGCAUUACUCCUACAGGAAUAUAAUGUUUUUGGAAUUCAUAAACUUAGAGUUGCCUUAAAUUUUAAAGUUGUAAUAGAUUAUCAUUGGAUAAUAAUGAUUGUAAUUCUAUACCUUAUUGUAUCUAAAAGAAGAAAUAAUGUGAGAAUUUUAGUAACUUAAAAUGUUCUGAUAUGGAAAGUGUAUUUUCUAUCAUCAUUAUUAGUAAUAAGAUUGUAGCAGAAUGGCAUAAUAUGAAUGUUCAUGGUUAAAUGAUAAAUGUCAAUAUGUUGCUUGUUCUACUUACACAACUCCAUUAUCCUGUAGUGUUAAUUCUUGUACUUGGAAUGGAUCAUCUUGUUUAUAUUGUCCAGUAAACAUUUUAUAUAUAAAUAUAGAUAGAUAAUUCUUAUAGUAAUUUAAUAAUCAUUUUAAAUCUACUUAUUUCGAUAGUAUUAUUUUGA